AAGAGGGACUCCGAAAAUAGACAAGUUAGAUAACUCCUGCGCUAUGACUGACGGUGGUGAACUACGUAUCCGCGAUAGAUCGCAAGAUAAAUCUUGCAAUGGAUUUGAAAAAAGAGAAAAGAGGAGGAGAAUUCGAAGACUUCAAGAUGCCAUCAUUCAGAAAGACCAAAUGAAAAUCCAGGAAUUACUAGAAGAGGAUUUUGAAGUUGAUUUUCAGUAUAGGGGUCAGACAGCACUUCAGCUGGCAGUGAAAGAAGGCGAAUACAAAAUAUGCAAGAAACUGGUAGAGAAAGGUGCAAAUGUCAAUGUUUCUGAUGCUCAGAAAAACAGUGUAUUGAACACAGCAUGUUGGAAAGGGCUCACAGAUAUUGUUAAAUUACUAGUCAAAAGUGGAGCAGACCUCAAUGCUCAAAAUGAUCAUGAAUCAACCCCACUUUAUACUGCUGCUUAUAAAGGGCAUCUGGAUAUUGUCAGUGUCCUAGUGGAUUCACAAUGUGACCUUGACCUUCCAAAUGCUCAGUGUCAAUCUCCAUUACAUGCUGCAGUAAGGAAUGAACAUGUUGGAUGUGUUCAAAGGCUGGUUGAUGCUGGAUGUGAUAUAAACUUCAUUGAUACAGAUUUCAAGUCACCUCUCAUGGUGGCAAGUGAAUUUGGUUUCACAGAAGUGGCUAAAAUUCUUCUUGAUAAAGGAGCUAAAGUCAAUUUAAAGAAUAGAUCCAGUGAAACAGCAAUUUUAUUGGCUGCCAAUGAAGGUCAUAGUGAUAUCAUUAAAGAACUAGCCAAUCAUGGAGCAGAUGUCAAUCUGACUACAACUAGUGGCAAGGUACCUCUUAUAGAGGCUAUAUCAGGGUCCCAUUGGAACUCCGCCACAGCCCUGAUUCAGGCUAGAGCAGAUGUCAACCAAAUUGACAAGCACAAUCAAGCUCCAAUUCAUGCUGCAAUCCGACAAGUGUCUAGUGUGUUUGGUCGAGAGUUUGACCAGCAGGCCAUGGAGAUUGUGAAGGAGUUGAUCAACAGAGGAGCUGAUAUCAAUAAGCAGGAUUCCCAAGGGUGGACCCCACUGUAUCAGAGUGCUUUUGCAGGAAACUUAGAGUUAUCUACCCUAAUGUUAGAUCAGAAGGCAGAUGUCAACAUAGCUACCAUAUCAGGAGAUACAGUUUUACAUGCUGGGGUUUAUGGAAACAAUAACACAGUUGUGGAUUUGUUGAUAGCUGCUGGUUGCAGAGUGAAUGAGGUCAACAAAAAAGGGGAGAGUUCAUUGUUUUCAGCAAUUUUGUCCAGAGUCAACAUCAAGAUAGUCAAGGCUUUGAUCAAUGCUGGGAGUAGCCUGGAUAUGAAGGAGAAAUCCCAACAACUGACGUCUCUUCAUGAAGCCAUAAUUCAACAUUACACGGAAGCUGCACUCCUCCUCAUUAACUCAGGUUGUGAUGUCAAUGCCAGAAAUGCUAGAGGCCAGACUCCUCUGUACACGGCCUGUGAGAAAGGUAAUGUACAGGUGGUAGAGCAGCUACUGUCCCUCCCAACGGUCAGCACCAAGGGUACCAAAGCCUCUACCAUCCCUCUCCAUGUAGCUACAGUCAGCAAUUUCUCCCACAUCGUACAACAGCUGAUUGAUGCUAACUGUGACAUACAUGUGAUGAAUGAGAAAGGAAUGACUCCAAUUAUGUCAGCCACAAAUGAGAAUAGUACCAGAGUUGCCAAGAUUCUAAUCAAGAAUGGCUGUGACCUUGAGUCUCACUGUAGAGAGAAGAAACUGAUGGUGUGUUGUCUUCUGUACCAGGAUUCUCACCCUCAUUUUGAACUGGAACCCCUAUUCUUAGCACUCACUCACAAAAACAUUGAAUUAAUUAAUUUGUACUUAAAAUGUUACAGUAAAAGACCAGGGCGCGUUAUCAAACUUUUAUCCAACAUUUUGAGGACUUCACAGGAAUUAAUGACACACUUUUCUGCUGAGGAGAAGAAGGAAAUUUUGGAGAUUUUUUCAAAAAGUUUGAAGACUCCGCUGUCCUUACAAGAAAUUUGCCGAUGCCAUGUCAGACAGUUUGUGAGGCAUCCGUUUCUCAAAAAUGUGGAGACAUUACCAGUUGCUAGUAAACUGAAGGACUACAUUACAAUGGAAGAGGUUUUGAGCCUCUCCAGUGAAGAUGAAGAGGAAGAACUAAAGAAUGCUGGGAAAUUUACUUUCGUAGGCAGACAUAUGCCUUAUGAGCUGUAAGCACUCACAUGUUGUUGGAAAAAGGAUUUAGCUUCUCAAAAACAUGAUUUUUUUUUUUGUUUGAAAUCCUUUCAUCAGCUUUUUUUGAUUUUGAAUUUUUGGUAUAAACCACUUUUAAAUUGGCAUAUACAUGUACCACUAUUACCUGUAUAUUAAGAUUCUUUGGGAAGUUAUUUUUGUUGGUUUUGAAUGCAGACUUUAAAUUUUUACAAGAUGCUGUAGCAGUAGUAAACAGAUAAUUUUUUUUAGGAAUUUAAUAUGUUUAUAGAAGGAAUAAAGAUUUUUCAAGUUGCAAAAGUUUCUUUUUGAAGUAGAAUAUAAUUCUAUUUAUUUAUACAACAUAGAAUUUGGUAUAAAAGUAAAAAAAUUAUGAUAAGAAAUAACAAAAAUGCAUGUUAGUAUUGAUAUAAUACAUAUAACUUUUUUGUAAUAUUGAAUUUAAGAAAGAGAAAAUGCUUCUUUGCAUCUCAAAGUUCACUGUAUUUUUUUUUCUGAGAACAAUACCCUAUUGAGAAGUCCUCAGUUCAUAUGCUUUUGUGAGAUGUCUGGUUUUAAUUUUUUCCAUAAAAAUCUUUGGUUAAAUUUCUUUCUGGUGUUUAAAGCUGAUUUUUUUUUUUAAUUGGAAAUCAAUUUUGAUCUCGCUUAGAAUUAUUGCUUAUAUUUUAACUGAAAAUGAGGCUAGAACAGAGCUUAAUGGUUUAUAGAUUAUUAUAAACGUUCAGUUCUUGA